UGCACAACCUCCAACACCACUUGAUCAACAUCCAUCUCACCCCGUGACUCAACCACGACUUGUUUCACUUAUCCUCGUUCGUCAGAUCUUUUUGUCUCCCUAAAAAACACCACACAUAUUGCUGUAUCGGAACAUCUUCAGAGUUCGGACAUCCUACUGACGAGAUCGUAUUGGAUGCGGUGAGCCAAUUCCAGCCAUGGCUCCCCUUGCGGCAGAUCCCCGCCAGCUCGUGGUGGUGCUCAACCCUGCCCGCCGCAAAGUGCUAUACACCCUUCUGCACGAUAUCACGGGCUACAUGCGCUCCCAGCUUGAGCUCAAAGACGGCGACCAGAUUAUCUCGUCAACCACCAACCCGACCUCGCCACCGAUCCAAGACCGUAACGCCCCGCUCUUCGUCCCCGACGCCGGCCAGGGCCAUGGGGGACGCAGCAGCAGCCCCAGCCACCCAGAUCGCGGGGGCUCUGGCGUGUACAGCGCUCAGCUCCGCGGCUUGAGGAGGGCGGCGCUGAAGCACUUUGACGAGUGGCGAAAGGACGUCCUGGAGAAAGUCAAGGAGGUUGCCUCUGUCAGAGAUGACGACAAGAUCCUCGAGGCCCGGAAGAAGCGGCAUGAUGAGAUGGAGAAACUAAAGCAUGAGUCUCCGGGGGUGGGUGAGGAUCUGAUCAAUUUUGGAUACGCGCCAAAGGCUGCGUCGACUGGCGUCGGAAAGGAGGUGGCCAUUCUGCAAGAGCACUAUCAUCCGAUUCCGAACAGAUUCACCACCAUCCCGGCGGAGGACCGGAAGGAGGUGCUCAGCUGCCUUUUAGUCCUCAUUCUGUCUACCGGGAGUUACUCUGCGCACUCCAGGGUUUUGGCUCUAUACCUCACAUCCGCGUUUGAGCUUCCCCUUUCGGCCCUCAUCACAGAGGAGACGGAGAUUGCCAAGUCUCUCGUCGAGUCCUCGACUUCGACCGAGGGCCAGAAGGCUAGCAUGUCAGCCGAGGCCGAGGCCGCGAAACGGCGCCAGGAGAACCAGAAGAGCAGAUUCUGGAAGGUCGGUCUGGCUUCGGUGGCUGGCGCCGCUGUCAUCGGAAUCACGGGUGGCCUGGCAGCUCCGGUUGUUGCUGGGGCUAUCGGCGGCAUCAUGGGAAGCGUCGGGCUUGGUGGCGUCGCCAGUUUUUUAGGCGUCUUCUGGAUGAACGGCGCUCUCGUUGGCACGCUCUUCGGCGCCUUCGGGGCCAAGAUGACGGGCGAAAUGAUGGACACCUACGCCAAGGAGGUCGAAGAUUUCCGCUUUCUCCCACUCAAGGACGAAUGGGGCCAAGACUAUAAACGAGCCGACCCCGACGGCAAGCAAGGGGCACGGCUUCGUGUGACCAUCGGUAUCAACGGAUGGCUGAAUGAGGAGAGUGAUGUGACGAAGCCUUGGCGCAGCCUCGGUGACGAGUCCGAGGUCUUUGCUUUGCGCUACGAGAUGAAAUCCUUGCUCGCCCUCGGUCGAGAGCUGGACAGUCUUGUUUCGUCGUACGCCUGGAGCUUUGUCAAGGUGGAAAUCCUCAAGCGAACCGUCCUGGCUUCUCUCUGGGCUGCACUUUGGCCCGCCUAUCUCAUCAAAGCUGCUUCACAGAUCGACAACCCCUUCAACCUAGCCCGUAAUCGCUCCGACAAGGCUGGCCGAGUGCUUGCCGAUGCUCUCAUCGCCAAAGUGCAGGGAGAACGACCCGUCACGCUGGUAGGCUACUCGCUCGGUGCGCGCGUCAUCUAUUCGUGCCUACGCUCUCUAGCUGAGCGCCAGGCCUUUGGCUUGGUGGACACCGUGGUCCUCAUCGGCGCCCCUGUACCCUCCAACAGGGAGCACUGGCAGGUUCUACGGUCCGUCGUAUCUGGUCGCAUCGUGAACGUGUACUCAGAGACGGACUACAUUCUCGGGUUCUUGUAUCGCGCAACAUCCCUCCAGCUGGGAAUCGCGGGUCUCCAAGAGGUGAAAGACAUCGAAAGAGUCGAGAACCUGAACCUGAGCUCGGAAGUCAGCGGUCAUCUCCGCUAUCCUAGCCUGAUCGCCAAGAUCCUGACGCGAUGCGGCUUCCCCAACGUCAAGGGCGGCAACGGUGCCAUCGAGAAGGACGAAGACAUCAAGAUUACUGACCAGGAGGCAGGAUCGCAGAUGGGCGAGCUUAUUCAACUGGAGGCCCAGCCGGACCCCGAGGCAGAACCGCAGCCGAUCAAGUCCAAGCAGACAGCGAGGUUUCCGAACGAGCUACGUCAUCCGCUGCAUCCUGACCCGCCCCUGCGGAAGAAGGUGCCAACUCGCAAUAAGGUGUCGAGGGAUGACACGACUUCGGUCUCGCAGUCUUUUGAUCCUUUGGGGGCUGCUGGGAGUGACCCCUUGAAACUAGGCUCUCUGGGCCAGAGCAGGCAGAAGACAGCUUCGUCUCAUCACGAGGAUCUCCUUAGUCUGAGCUCUCCGCCUCUGAAGAAGCAGGAGCCGAGUAGCCCCAAGGUUGCUGAUCCCCUAAACCUGGGCUCCCUUGGCCAGAGGAACGAUGCAUAUUUCGUUUCUGCAGCUGGCUGCAAGGACGAGGGGCCACAGAAGAAGCCGGAACUCCCUCCUCGCCCUACUGCAAUUCAUUCAUUCCAAAGCGACGGCGCCCUCGAUCCACACCACCGUCGUCCCGAGUUACCUAUUAGACCCAAAACGUUCCCGGUCCCAGUCCAGGAGGAGGAUUCUGAUAGCGACGACGAGAGUUUUAAGGGGAUUCAGUUGAUCGAUAACGAAGGCCCGGGAGACUCAACGAGUUCUUCGGGGCCGCCGAGGGCCGAUGCCUAGAGUAGAUUGCAGAGCAUGUGCACGCUGAUGGCGGUGUCUAGGUCCGAGAACAUGACCAGCUUCGGGAUACAGUUGUUCUAACUGUUGCUGUGUAUGCCUAGAAACGUGUCUAGACACUCUCUGAAGAUGCAUUCAGAUCCUAACUGCUAGACCCGAGCUGCUGCUUUAUCUCUAUCUCUCUCUCUCCCUCUCUCUCGUUCAGAACAUCAAGGCCAUCUCUCUGUUCACGAACCGAAUCUUCUCAGCAAACGACGGUGGUCGUCCGAAGCGCUACGUCAUACUCCUCACUACACUCUGGCUGGAAUAUACAAACUGUUGACACACCUGGGUUAGCCCUGAUGUUUUCGAUUAUAGAGACUGGUGUACCACAUUUUGGCUUGUGAUUUAGACUACCAACACUAAGAUUCUGGCCUCAAAGAUAAUACCAGCCUUAGUUCGUUGGGUUUCCUCCACAGGGUGCAAAUUGAUAAAACAAUACACAAUCCAGGCUCAUAGGAACUGAGAUGGCUUCCCCUGUACACAAAGAUAUCUAGACUUCAGCCUAGGUGCAUUCAUCACUUUCGUAUUGCAUUUAAUCCUAAUUAUUCUGAAGGCAGGCGUCUACCAUCUAGGUGCAUGGCCUGUCUUCGCGACGCAGCACAAAAGAUUUUGAGGUCUACCUAAGAAUCCAAUUGCAAAUCCUUGGUACUCGCACGGCUUCAACUGGGUUACUACCCACCCGCAUAACUCAUUAACCGAAACCGCACAAGCACGCUUGUGUUCUUCUCAAGUUGAUAUGUGAGAUAACCCCACAGACGUUGGACACAGAUACGGCGUCAUGCUCAGCAAAAUAGCAGAAUGGAGACGCGGGAGCACAGCUGGCUGGCCGGUUCACGAAUCCACCCUACCACGUCGUCUAACUUCUGGUUCGUCUGAUCACUGAGACCACCUACCGUGACGCGGCUCUACUUCCGGUUCGUGUGGUUGCCGCGCUAAACAAC